CACGUGAUCAUAACCAGACCGGUAACCUGCUGCUGGUGGGCGCAACGCGGAUUCCAGAGAAAUGAGGAGGCGAGCGCAACAGACAGACUCACUGCGCGUCUGAACACAACUACGAGGGGAGCGCUUGUCAAGGAAGCCCGUGACAUUUCUGGAUAUUACUAGGACGUAUCCGUAUCGAAACCGAGUGAUAUAAACAGUAUUUGUUUCAAUUCCUUCCACCAACCCCCUUUUCCCAUCUUUAUUUUCUCUCCUCAUCGUUGAGCAUCCUUCCUCUACCUGCCUGCCCGUCCUCUUUCACUGGUUUACCUGGCUAACUUUCCCCUUGACACCAUCCCACACACCCUCCAUUGCCCGCCCCCUCCCCCCACCAAACCUUUUCACUCGAAACCCCUUCAUAUUGUAGCUGCGCCACCUCGAAUCGGGCGGAACCCGUUGGUUACUCUACAGCACUUAAUGGGGCACGCUUUCUUGCACGGAAGAUGUCCCUUUCUUGGUCACUGAGCGCCCCGGUGAAACAGCCAACGUCUGGAACGGAGUUGUUGGUGCGUGUCUGCCUCUUUUGCCCAGCUCGCUUGUGUUGUCGGGGUGCGCUGCUGAACUGAGAUGGGUCUAUUGGUGGCGGCGGCGGCACUACAGGAGCCCCGACGCCCGCAUCAGUGGAGCCGGACAGUAGGAGAUUGGGUCUGGAUCACCGUCGUUUCGUUUUUAGCCACUUUACCUGUAGAGCAACUUUGCGCUUUCCCGUCAUCCCUCAGCGACUGUCAGACGCCUACCGGCUGGAACUGCUCUGGUUUUGAUGACCGGGACACAGACCUCUUUUUGUGUGACACCAACACCUGCAAGUUUGACGGAGAGUGUCUGAGAAUUGGAGAGACAGUGACGUGCAUCUGCAACUUCAAGUGUAACAAUGACUACGUCCCAGUGUGUGGCUCCAACAAUGAGAACUACCAGAAUGAGUGUUAUCUACGCAGGGACGCCUGCAAGCAGCAGUCUGAAGUGCUGGUGGUGUCAGAGGGCUCUUGUCCUGUCGAUGCCGGGUCAGGCUCGGGAGAUGACGGAGGUGAGGGAUCGGCGGAGACUGGGCAGAAGGAGACGUCCACCUGUGACAUAUGCCAGUUUGGGGCGGAGUGCGAUGUGGACGCUGAGGAUGUAUGGUGUGUGUGUAACAUCGACUGCUCCCACAUCAGCUUCAACCCAGUUUGCGCCUCGGAUGGCCAUUCCUAUGACAACCCCUGCCAGGUGAAGGAGGAGUCGUGUCAGAAGCAGGAGCGGAUCGAGGUCAAAUACCUGGGCCACUGCCAAGGUGACAUCAUGACAGGGACCAAAGCCGGAGACGGACACUAUGCCAGGAAAGAUUACUCAGAAGAGAAGCCGGACCAGAGAGGAGAGGUGGCCAUAGGCUUGUACAUCCCCUGUCCUGAGCACUACAAGAACUACUGUGUCCACGGAGAGUGUGAAUAUCCCAACAUACUGUCUGUGCCAUCCUGCAGCUGUCACUCAGGCUUCAGCGGGCCCCAGUGUGAAACUAAGGAGUACAAUGUGCUCUACGUGGUCCCCGGCUCUGGCAAGCUGCGCUACGUCCUCAUCGCCUCCAUCAUCGGAGCUCUGCAGGUGGCCAUCAUCUGUGUGGUGGUGCUCUGUAUUACCAGAAAGUGCCCACGGAGCAACAGGGUCAAUCGGCAGAAGCAGAAUGCCACCCACUACAGCUCGGAGAACACCAUGCGCGCCUCCACCCGCCUCAUCUGACUGAGCCUCCUCGUGAUGGGGGCAACCCUGAGACCCGCUCCUCUCUUGGUCCAAGUUGCCCCAUAGACACAGAUCUAGGAUCAGCUUCACCCUUCUUGUACUUCCCUACAAUCCCAACCUUAAUGAACUAUAAAGGAUUGGGUAGUGGGAGGGGGACUUACCGCAAAACUGACCUUAGAUCAGCAUCUAGGGGCAACUUCAUCCUUCUGGAGACCAGCGCUUCGCCCCGACACCAAUGAUGAGGCAUUGAACAAUGGGCUUUGGGGGUGAAGAUACAGUGUCGGUGUG